ACAUAGACAUAUAAAUAAAAUACUCGAGACUUCAACAAGCCACAGCAUAAACGAUCAAGAAAAACGAGGAAGAAAGAUCGAGAGAAGAGAGAAAGAAAUGGCGGCGUUAUCGGACAAGCAAGCCGAAGCCUAUCUCCACGCGAGGCCGAGGUAUCCGUCCGAAUGGUACGGAAAGCUGGCCGCCCUGACGGCCGAGCACAAGGUGGUAUGGGACGUGGGCUGUGGCAACGGCCAGGCCGCCGUCGGGGUGGCUGAAUACUACGACAAGGUCGUGGCAACAGACAUUAGCGAGUUACAGCUCAAGAGAGCGUUCAAACAUCCAAAAGUGACUUACCAUCACACUCCAGCUUCCAUGUCCGAUGACGAACUGGUCGCUCUCGUCGGCGGCGAAAACUCCGUGGAUCUAAUCGUGGCCGCUCAGGCCGUACACUUUUUCGACACCGCUAGAUUCUACAACAUAGCCAAACGCGUUCUUCGCAAACCGGGCGGUUUGAUCGCGGUUUGGGUCUACAACGACCUCAUAAUCUCUCCCGAGGUCGAUCCCAUCAUGAAGCGUGUGGUGGAUUCCACGUUUCCGUUCAGAACGCCGAUAAUGAAUCUGGCGUUUGACGGAUACAAAACGCUGCCGUUCCCGUUUGAGAGCGUGGGGAUGGGGUCGGAGGGGGAGCCGAUAGCUCUGGACAUUCCGCAUAAGCUUUCGCUCAAAGGGUUUGUGGGUUUUUUGAGAUCGUGGCAGCCUGCGGUGAAGGCCAAGGAACAAGGGGUCGAGCUCAUAACAGAUGAUUUGAUCAAGGAGUUCGAGGAAGCGUGGGGGGACGAUGAACCGGUCAGGAAUGUGUUCUACAAAGCGUAUAUGAUUGUCGGGAAAGCUCGAGAAUGAUCGAAGACAUUAUAUAUCAAUCAUUAAUCAACAAAGGAACAAAAUAAGUUCAUGUCUUUGAAUAGCGAUGUUUUUCGUGUUUGUAACAAAUCGAGGGAUAAUAAUAAGCAAUUUUAUUUUUAUU